AUGAAAGUGGCUAUAAUUGGUGCAGGGACCAGUGGAAUAGCUGCCAUCAAAUGCUGUGUAGAUGAAGGGUUACGACCGACAUGUUACGAACGGACACAUGAUAUUGGUGGUCUUUGGCGCUAUACAGAUGAAGUCACAGAAGGUCAGGCAUGCGUAAUGAAGUCCACAAUCAUCAACACCAGUAAAGAAAUGAUGUGUUACAGUGACUUUCCAAUACCAGCGGAAUACCCCAUCUUUAUGCAUAACUCUUAUGUUCAGAAAUAUUUCAACUUGUAUGUCGACAAAUUUGAAUUGAGAAAACAUAUUCACUUCAGGCACGAGAUCAUUUCAGUAAAACCAACAGAUGAUUUUGAAACAAGCGGCCAAUGGAUACUAAAAGUCAAAGAUUUAGCAAACGAAGAAGAACACAAUAUAACAUACGAUGCCGUAAUGAUAUGUACUGGACAUCAUGCUGAGAAAAAUAUGCCAGAUUUUCCUGGAUUAAAGAAUUUCAAGGGAAAAGUUCUUCACAGCCAUGACUACAAGCACACUGCUGGAUAUGAAGAAAAGAGAGUGGUUGUCGUUGGAAUAGGCAAUUCUGGUGGCGAUGCGGCCGUAGAACUUAGCAGAGUGGCUUCACAGACAUUCUUGAGCACAAGAUCCGGUAGCUGGGUAUACAAUCGAAUAUCAGAUAGAGGUUUACCAUUGGACAUGCUUUACACACGCCGGAUAACGUUUGCGUUAAAGAAUAUUAUUGGUGGACCUAUAAUUGAACGUUUAGCCCAAAAGAAACUGGAACAAAGAUUUGAUCAUUCAAUAUAUGGCUUAAAACCAAAACAUGGUAUACUUGCUCAACAUCCUAUGGUCAAUGACGAGCUCCCAAAUAGACUUGCUAGUGGUACACUAAAACUGAAAUCAAAUAUUAAACAUUUAACAGAGAGUGGCGUUGUAUUUAAAGACGGAACAACAGAGGAUGAUAUCGAUGUUGUAAUGUUUGCAACUGGAUAUGUGUUUGGGUUUCCUUUCUUAGAUGAAUCUGUUGUAAAAGUAGUACACAAUAAAAUGGAAUUAUAUAAAUAUAUAUUUCCACCUAAUCUAAAGAGACAGACUUUGUGCAUAAUUGGUUGUGUACAGCCACUGGGCGCCAUAAUGCCAGUGAGUGAAAUGCAAAGUCGCCUGGCAACAAGAGUAUUCAAGGGGGACGUUUUGCUUCCAUCAAAAGAAGAAAUGUGGAAAGAUAUACAUGAAAAAGUUGAAGCAAUGAGAAAGAGAUACAUUGCUGGAACGCGGCAUACAAUACAAGUUGAUUGGAUAGAUUAUAUGGAUGAACUAGCAGUUCUCAAUAAGUGCCUACCAGACCUAUGGAAUAUGUUGAAAACAGAUCCAAAAUUGGCAUUGGCAUGUUUCCUUGGACCAAGUACUCCAUAUCAAUAUCGACUUGAAGGUCCCGGAAAAUGUAGUGGUGCCCGGGAGGCGAUCUUUACGCAGUGGAAUAGAACACUCUCGUCAUUGAAAACUAGACCUUUAGGCUUUGAAGGAAAGAAGACUGGCUUUUCAAAAUUCAAUGUCUUUUGCAUCGCCGUCAUGGCUAUUAUUUUGUAUUACUUAUUUGUAUACUAUAAAAUAUGAAGAAUCACUAUACGAAGCAAAUACGUUUUAACUGUAAUAUAUUUGUAACUAUCGUUGUGUUUUU